UCUCUGGAACAUCGAAAGUGCGACUCGCUUCUUCGAAGAACGAUAGACUCCAAAGGACAGCCGGAUAAUUUACCCACCUCUGCAUUGAUGGAACACUGAAUUUCCUUUCUAUAUCAACUUUUAUAGGGCGUUUCGUUUUUGCUUUUGCCUAUCCCAAAAUAACGCGCUACAUCAUAUUUUCGGACGUUUGUUUUACAGUAGACUUUCAGAUUGUAUUCCCUGUCCGGACAGAAUCACAUUAGAUAUUUCCGCCCCGUUAUGUGAUAUCUGACCGGACGGAUGUUCGCCUCUGUAUCGGUGUGAUCGGCGAUGUGGUCAUGGCAGAUUUUGGAGCCCAGAAGUGUCCGAAGAGUGAUAAGUUGGACGAGGCGCAGGCACUGGCCCGCAGCUGCGCGGGGAGACCGGACUUCUUGCCGUGCGAUGGGCUGUUAAUAUGCGCCACGCACAGCCACGGAAAGUGCUUCAAGUUGCACUGGUGCUGCCACUUGGGCUGGUGCCACUGUAAAUAUGUUUACCAGCCCAUGACCAGUGUGUGCCAGCUGCCGAGCACGGCGGUACCCUCUGACCCCUCUGAGUCCCCACCCACCAUGAACCUGUCUGUCUCCCUCACCGAACGCUUCCUGAAGAUCGCCCCCUGCUUCCAGUCCCCACCGUUCCUUCAGUCGCCCAAAUACUGUGUCAUAGCAGACCUCUUCAUCGACGACUACAUCGUCAAACGCAUCAACGGGAAGAUGUGUUAUGUUCAACGUUCUCCUCCUCCCAUCCCCGAUCCUCCUGCUGCGGCACCUCCUCCUGCUGCGGCACCUCCUCCUGCUGCUGCACCUCCUCCUCCUGCGGCACCUCCUCCUCCUGUGGCACCUCCUCCUGCUGCUGUACCUCCUCCUGCUGCGGCACCUCCUCCUGCUGCGGCACCUCUUCCUGCGGCACCUCCUCCUGAUGCUGCACCUCCUCCUGCUGCGGCACCUCCUCCUGUGGCACCUCCUCCUGCUGCGGCACCUCCUCCUGCUGCGGCACCUCCUCCUGCUGCUGCUCCUCCUCAGGUGCCUCCUCCCAGUAAGCCAACACGAUCGGUUCACAACGACCACCACCACAACACACUACAGCCCCCCGUGGACAAGCCCCACCACAAAAGCCCUGUGCACCAACACAAUCCCCCUGCACACAGUGAGAAGCAACACAAAUCUUCUCUAGACAAGCAUCACCCCUCUGUGGACUACAACAAAAUACCACAACACUACAAAAGCUCUGUGGACAAGCAUUACUACAGCACCCCAGUAGACCAGAGGGAGCACCACCACCAUCACAGCCCUGUAGACAAGCUGAAAGGCCCCAAGAUGGACGCCUGCUCCUCUCCAUCCAGCUCCGAGGACUCUGGGAUCAACGCGCUAGGUCGGCACUACCUGGAAUCCUGUGAGUCAGAGUCAGAGGAUCAGAAUGAAGUGUUGAGCGCCGAUGGAGAUGGGAAAUCUAGCCUCUGUAGUCUCUGUGACCAGGAUGAGACCUCUCUGUUUUCUCCCUCUAAGUCCAUGGUGGAGAUCAUAGAGAAGAUUGAGACCACCGUGUGACAGACAGACACUUCACUGAGCACACCAGAGAGAUACAACUAUAUUCUACUAUAUAUAUGGAGAACACAGCCUCCCUGGGAGCAUUUGAAAAACAGCUCCAGAUUUCUUGAGUUGGAUUUAAAGUUGGAUUUAAGGGACCUACAGUCCACCUAGUGGAGUUGACUUUGUUGUGGUCAGAUAUACAGUAGGUAACCCCACAUGAUAAUGACCCUAUGUGUUUUCUCAGAGACGGUCAAGGAUCCCAGGUUUGGAUGGUCUCUGGUUUAUCCACCCCACUCUAUAUCUCUCCAGAACCCCUGCAUGGUUUUGUUAGAUAGAUGGAGCUGUCUACCGUAGCAAAGAUUUGACUAGAAAUACAGAGGAAAACAUGUCCUUUAACACUCACAGCAGCUGACCAAAUAUACUACUUACUAGUCCAUCAACAGCCAAUCACAGCCUUUAUCAGCCCCUUAACUACCAACUACCAAGCCUUGCCCAACAACUCCUGCCUGCUUCUAAAAAUAGAAUCACAGUUGAAAUCUUCAGAGAGAACUUUGAAGUUGUUUGACAAUCAAGAAAGCACAUUCCUUCCUCUACCUGCUGAGAAGACCCAACUACUCAACUCCUAUCAGCCAAUGAUACAGUGUGGAAAUACCAAAUCACACGUUUACCAGAGCAAAGCAUGGUAAACUAAGAGGAAAGAGGACCAGUGAUUCCCACAGCUACUAUGUACUUUAUUACCUUGACCGGAAGCAGUGAAGUUACUGUCUCCUUUGCUCUUGAGGUGGUCGUUCACACCAGAACAACUGCUCAGAAUAAAAGCACAGCACAUACUGCACUGUAUCCAUUACCAUGAUGUACUGUUCAGUACUACCCAUUAUCAUACUGCACUGUAUCCAUUACCAUGAUGUACUGUUUAGUAUUACUCAUUAUCAUACUGUACUGUAUCCAUUACCAUACUGUACUGUUCAGUACUAUCCAUUACCAUACUGUACUGUUCAGUACUAUCCAUUACCAUACAAUACUGUUCAGUACUACCCAUUAUCAUACUGUACUGUUCAGUACUACCCAUUAUCAUACUGUACUGUUCAGUACUAUCCAUUACCAUACAAUACUGUUCAGUACUACCCAUUACCAUGCAGUACUGUUCAGUACUAUCCAUUACCAUACAAUACUGUUCAGUACUACCCAUUACCAUGCAGUACUGUUCAGUACUAUCCAUUACCAUACUGUACUGUUCAGUACUACUCAUUACCAUACAGUACUGUUCAGUACUACCCAUUACCAUACAGUACUGUUCAGUACUACUCAUUACCAUACAGUACUGUUCAGUACUACCCAUUACCAUACAGUACUGUUCAGUACUACUCAUUACCAUACAGUACUGUUCAGUACUACCCAUUACCAUACUGUUCAGUACUACUCAUUACCAUACAGUACUGUUCAGUACUUUUCAUUACCAUACAGUACUACCACCAUUACCAUAAUGUACUGUUCAGUACUACCCAUUACCAUAAUGUACUGUUCAGUACUACCCAUUACCAUACAGUACUGUUCAGUACUACUCAUUACCAUACAGUACUGUUCAGUACUUUUCAUUACCAUACAGUACUACCACCAUUACCAUACUGUACUGUUCAGUACUUUUCAUUACCAUACAGUACUACCACCAUUACCAUAAUGUACUGUUCAGUACUACUCAUUACCAUACUGUACUGUAUCCAUUACCAUACAGUACUCUUCAGUACUAUUCAUUACCAUACAGUGCUGUUCAGUAAUACCCAUUACCCAUUACCAUACAGUACUACCCAUUACCAUACUGUUCAGUACUAUUCAUUACCAUACAGUACUACCACCAUUACCAUACAGCACUGUCCAGUACUACUCAUUACCAUACAGUACUACCCAUUACCAUACUGUUCAGUACGAUUCAUUACCAUACAGUACUGCUCAGUACUAUUCAUUACCAUAUAGUACUACCCAUUACCAUACAGUACUGUUCAGUACUACCCAUUACCAUACAUUACUGUUCAGAACUAUUCAUUACCAUACAGUACUGUCCUAGAAUGGACUGUAGGUUUGGAGUGUCAUAGCCUCUGUGUCCUAGAAUGGACUGUAGGUUUGGAGGAUGUCAUAGCCUCUGUGUUCUAGAAUGGACUGUUGGUUUGGAGUGUCAUAGCUUCUGUGUUCUAGAAUGGACUGUUGGUUUGGAGUGUCAUAGCCUCUGUGUUCUAGAAUGGACUGUUGGUUUGGAGUGUCAUAGCUUCUGUGUUCUAGAAUGGACUGUUGGUUUGGAGCAUCAUAGCUUCUGUAUUCUAGAAUGGACUGUUGGUUUGGAGUGUCAUAGCGUCUGUAUUCUAGAAUGGACUGUUGGUUUGGAGCAUCAUAGCUUCUGUGUUUGAGAAUGGACUUUUGGUUUGGAGUGUCAUAGCCUCUGUAUUCUAGAAUGGACUUUUGGUUUGGAGUGUCAUAGCCUCUGUGUUCUAGAAUAGACUGUUGGUUUGGAGUGUCAUAGCCUAUGUGUUCUCGAAUGGACUGUUGGUUUAGAAUGUCAUAGCCUCUGUGUUCUAGAAUGGACUAUUGGUUUAGAAUGUCACGGCCUCUGUUUUCUAGAAUGGACUGUUGGUUUAGAAUGUCGUAGCCUCUGUGUUCUAGAAUGGACUAUUGGUUUAGAAUGUCACGGCCUCUGUUUUCUAGAAUGGACUGUUGGUUUAGAAUGUCGUAGCCUCUGUGUUCUAGAAUGGACUGUUGGUUUAGAAUGUCGUAGCCUCUGUGUUCUACAAUGGACUGUUAGUUUAGAAUGUCAUAGCCUCUGUGUUCUAGAAUGGACUGUUGGUUUAGAAUGUCAUAGCCUCUGUGUUCUAUAAUGGACUGUUGGUUUGGAAUGUCAUAGCCUCUGUGUUCUAGAAUGGACUGUUGGUUUGGGGUGUUGUAGCUUCUGUUUUCUAGAAUGGACUAUUGGUUAGAAUGUCAUAUCCUCUUUGUUCUAGAAUGGACUGUUGGUUUGGAAUGUCAUAUCCUCUGUGUUCUCGAAUGGACUGUUGGUUUGGAGGAUGUCAUAGCCUCUGUGUUCUAUAAUGGACUGUUGGUUUGGAGUGUCAUAGCCUCUGUGUUCUAGAAUGGACUGUUGGUUUAGAAUGUCAUACCCUCUCUUUUCUAGAAUGGACUGUUGGUUUAGAAUGUCAUAGCCUCUGUUUUCUAGAAUGGACUGUUUGUUUAGAAUGUCAUAG